AUGACAAGCGAGAGCGUGGAUGUGUGCGCGGAAAUCGACAAAAUGACGGCGAAAGUGGAGUCCCAAAAAGUGCCGAAAUUGGCAUCGAACGCCGACAAACACGAGCUGCAGCAGCUGCUUCAGAAGACUUUCGACACAAAUCACGGUAUUUUUCAAGAUUUUCAGAAAACAAUUGAAUUAACAAUGUUUCAGACGUUCUGGAAGACCUGAAGGAAGCCAAUGCUGCGACGGCAAAUCUUUGCAAACAGCUGCAACAAGGUUUUUUGUUUAUAUUUGUAGUUUUUAAUGUACAUUUACUUUCAGAGACCGAUUUCCUGAAUGAACAACUCGAGGACAAGGGAAUCGACGUCAAGAGAUCGGAAAAACUGCUGGAAGAGAUAAAAAAAGUGGUGGAAUUGAUGAAAUUUUAA